UGCCUUGAGCUUAUGUUUCCGGAGGACAGUAUGGGAAGGAGGGUGACAACUUCCGUUUCUGGGUUCACUCAUCUGUCACAUUACAUCAACCUCCCUUAAAUUUAUUUAUUUUGUUGUUCUUGUUUUUAACAUACAAUUUGAGUUUAUUGUAAAAACUAUUAAUAGAGCACUGCAGUGAAACUGCUCGAGCGUGAGAUGAAAUGACAACGUCAACACUGCAGAAAGCGAUUGAGCUGGUCACUAAAGCCACAGAGGAGGACAAGGCCAAGAACUACGAGGAGGCGCUGAGACUCUACCAGCACGCUGUGGAGUACUUCCUGCACGCCAUCAAAUAUGAAGCGCACAGUGACAAGGCGAAGGAAAGCAUCCGUGGGAAGUGUGUGCAGUAUCUGGACAGAGCCGAGAAACUCAAGGACUACCUGAAGAACAAGGACAAACAGGGCAAGAAACCAGUGAAGGAAGCACAGAGCAAUGACAAGAGUGACAGUGAUAGUGAGGGAGAAAAUCCUGAAAAAAAGAAGCUCCAGGAGCAUCUGAUGGGGGCGAUUGUGAUGGAGAAGCCCAAUGUGAGGUGGAGUGAUGUGGCCGGACUGGAGGGGGCAAAAGAAGCCCUGAAAGAGGCGGUCAUUCUGCCCAUCAAAUUCCCUCACCUGUUCACAGGCAAGCGGACUCCAUGGAGGGGCAUCCUUCUGUUCGGGCCCCCCGGCACAGGAAAGUCUUAUCUGGCCAAAGCUGUGGCCACCGAGGCCAAUAACUCCACCUUCUUCUCCGUGUCGUCCUCAGACCUGGUGUCGAAGUGGCUGGGCGAGAGUGAGAAACUGGUGAAGAAUCUGUUCGAUCUGGCUCGCCAGCACAAGCCCUCCAUCAUCUUCAUAGACGAGGUGGACUCUCUGUGUGGAUCCAGAAACGAGAACGAGAGCGAAGCCGCCCGCAGGAUCAAGACCGAGUUCCUGGUCCAGAUGCAGGGUGUUGGGAAUAACAACGAUGGGGUAUUAGUGCUCGGUGCUACUAACAUUCCUUGGGUGCUCGACGCUGCUAUUCGCAGAAGGUUUGAGAAGCGCAUCUACAUCCCGCUCCCCGAGGAGCCGGCCAGAGCGGCCAUGUUUCGCUUACACCUGGGAAACACGCCUCACAGCCUGAGCGAGGCAGACCUGCGUCAGCUGGCCCACAAGACAGACGGAUACUCCGGAGCCGAUAUCAGCAUCAUCGUGCGAGACGCUCUCAUGCAGCCUGUGAGGAAAGUGCAGUCCGCUACACACUUCAAAAAGGUGCGAGGCCCGUCUCGCAGUAACAGCUCUGUGAUGGUGGAUGACCUCCUGACCCCGUGCUCCCCCGGUGACCCUGAAGCCAUAGAGAUGACCUGGAUGGAUGUCCCUGGGGACAAGCUGCUGGAGCCCAUCGUGUGCAUGUCUGACAUGCUGCGCUCUCUGGCGACCACACGCCCCACAGUCAACACUGAAGACCUGCUGAAGGUGAAGAAGUUCACAGAGGAUUUUGGACAGGAGGGCUAAACACACCACGGCAGGACUCUGAGCUCUAAACGAACCUAACCGCCCAACACUACACCCCUCACAGUCAGCAGAUGGGACCGAGCAUGGAGCUUGCUGUGAAGUGGUGUUUACGUAAUCAAGUUUGUUGAAGUAUUCAUUUUAUAAAGAUUUUGUCCGUCUGCCCUUUAUUCUGAACCGUCUACCAACAUUACAGCUCUCGCCGAUGGGUAUUUAUGUUAAUUUAUUCUGUUUUUGGAUGGUUUUGAGUGCCGACCUGUUUGAGCUUCAUCAGUAUGUUCUGUGUCCAGCUUACUAUUACAGCACUUUACUGUCUAAACAUUGUCUGGGUGAAUCUCUCAAAGACACGGCCGGGUCACGUUAAACCUCACAAUUAAACAGAAACCAAGUCUGUUUUACAUCUAUUCCGACAGUAAUGUUUUACAGUAUUUUCAGAGUCCGGGCUGAAAUGUGACCUGGCAGUGUAUCUGACAGACUCACCAUCAGCUGAUCAAGCAGAAGUGUGUUACAGCUGUCAUUCAUCUUGAAGGAUAACAUUAACCUGAUCUGAUAAAAAAAAACAAGUUUGUGCAUUGUUUGUGUGUAUUUACUUCAGUCUAUCCACGCUGCUUAAAAUGGAGAAACCUGCCUUCUGACAGUAGCUCUGUAACAUUACAGCAAAGGAUCAUUUUCUAUGAACAUGCUGUGUAUGUUUCCAGAAAAAAGCAGACUAUUCAUUUGAGAAGUUGAAUGCAUAAUGCUGUGCAGAAAAUGUGCAAGAAUUAAACACUAUGUACCUAUCCA